GCCGAUCGUAAUUUGUUUUAAGGUGAAGGUUCAGAAACAAAGUUGUGGUUUCGUCUGAACCUAUUUGGACAGCUUGAAGCUCUUGGCAAACAUGGCACUCGAACCCAAGAGGAGGAAAAUCGAUCAGAUUCAGGCACCCUCCAGCGGGAUUACUACUUCACCUGCUGGCAAGGGAGAGAGAAUAGCAAAAUCUGUUCUGGUUGCCCAGACUGAUAAAAUCAACUAUAGGAUUCAACAGGCAAAAAAUUUUGCAAUUGCACAAGCACAACAAGAGGGUUGCACUGGAAAUUUUAGAGUCUUCGAUUCGCCAUUUGGAAAUUAUUUUGUUCCUGUAGUUCCAACUCGCGCAGAAUUAGCUGGGUAGUUUCGUGUCUGUCAUUGAUUUUAUUGAAUAUAGUUGCAAAUGCCACAUGUAUAGUUCUGAACUUAGAUACACAUAGUUUCAGCUUUUGUCAUUUUGACAAUUCGAAUCAGCAAAUUGCAAAUGAUUUCCUUAAAGUAGUCAUCUUUUAUUGGCUA